AUGGCGGUCCUCAAGCACUGCCUGUGGCUCCUCGUGGCGGCCCAAGCCGCCGUCACGAGUGCUGCUCCUGGCUCCUACAACUUCUCUCAGGCCGCGAUCGACAACGGCGAAGCCCUGUCCCAGCUGAGCGCUGAUGCCCUCAGAGCUGCUCGGGCGUUGAACUCGGGCUCGGGUCUCAACUCCACCUGCUCUCCCGAGAAGGUUCAAGUGCGAAGGGAGUGGAGAAAGCUGUCCGUCGAAGACCGAAAGUCUUUCGUUGCGGCGGUCCAAUGCCUCCAGGCCUCUCCUAGCUUGCUUGACCCCGUUGAGCUUCCCGCUGCGAAGUCCGGCUACGAUGACUUCGUAUUGAUACAUCUCAACCAGACAUCGCGAAUUCACGUUACGGCGAACUUCCUCCUGUGGCACCGCUUCUUCACAUGGACGUAUGAGCAGAAGCUGCGUUCCGUCUGUGGAUAUCAGGGAAUCUUCCCCUACUGGGAUUGGAGUCUCGACGUCAACGACCCGGCCGCGUCCCCGGUAUUCGACGGGUCCGAGACCUCCAUGGGCGGCAACGGAGCCUUCAUCCCCCACGAGGGGAUGCAGAUCCUCCAGUCGCGGUCCAACACCACCGUGAAGCUCCAGCCCGGCUCCGGCGGCGGCUGCGUCGAGAGCGGCCCGUUCGCCGACAUGACGGUCCACGUCGGCCCCCGGCUCCUCUGGCAGUACGGCUCGCCGACCUUCAACUCGACCGAGAGGCCCACGGACGACCACCCCCGCUGCCUGAGACGCGACCUCAACAAGCACAUCGCCCAGCGGUACAACUCGUUCCGCAACGUCACCAGCCUCGUCCUGGAGAACGACAACGUCGAGUGGUUCCAGGCCGUCAUGCAGGGCGACGACCGCUACGUGCCCGGUGUCGAGCUCGGAGUUCACGGCGGCGGACAUUACACCAUUGGCGGUGAUCCCGGUUCGGAUCCGUUCAUCUCGCCCGGCGAGCCGGCCUUCUACCUCCACCAUGCCCAGGUCGACCGCAUCUACUGGAUUUGGCAGAUGCAGGACUUCGCCAACCGACAGGAGGCUUUCGGCACCGAAACGCUGCAAAACAACCCGCCAAGCCGAAACGUCACCGUGGACGAUACUCUCGAUAUUUCACCCCUCGGUGGACCCGCGAGGCUCGGGGACCUGAUGAGCACAGUCGGAGGACCGUUCUGCUACGUCUACGAGUGA